UUACGUAUCUUGCGCCGCGCCUUACAUUUUAGUACGCCUUUAUAAUCCGUUGCGUGUUUGCCACAUUUAUAUUAAAAGAACACAGCACCUUACACCAAAGCACUGAUAAGCAAGAAAUUCUACACCAACUUGACCGAAACAAUUCAGAAUGAUAUUGCUGGUGGUUUUAUCAGUGUUAGCAACACUAGGGAACGCAUCUGCGAAUGAUGUGACGAAACCAAACAUUGUGAUUAUGUACAUGGAUGACAUGGGCUGGGGAGACAUUGGAGCCAACGGUAACUGGGCAAAAGAGACUCCGAACAUAGAUAAGAUGGCAAGUGAAGGAAUGUUGUUCCCAAGUUUCUAUUCCGCUGCUCCGAUAUGUUCCCCUUCUAGAGCUGCACUUAUGACAGGUAGAUUGCCGAUAAGAAACGGUUUCUACUCCACAAACAGACACGGAGUUAACGCUUACACUCCGCAAACUAUAGUAGGGGGUAUCACUGAGACUGAGUAUCUCCUUCCUCAACUUCUUAAAGAGGGCGGAUACAAAAGUAAGAUAAUAGGAAAAUGGCACAUGGGGCACAGGCCGGACUACCUGCCCCUCAACCGUGGGUUCGACGAGUUCUUUGGUUCCCCAAACUGCCACUUCGGCCCGUAUGACGAUGUGAAAACACCAAACGCUCCCGUUUACAAAGAUGAUCUGAUGUUGGGAAGGUAUUAUACUAACUACACUAUACACAAGGGACUGUCUAAUCUUACUCAGAUCUUUAUCAAGGAGGGCACUGACUUCAUCGAGAACCAGGCUAAAGCAGGUAAUCCAUUCCUACUGUACUGGACACCAGACGCAAACCACCAGCCUGCAUACUCCUCUGAGAUGUUCUGGGGCAAGAGUAGGCGAGACAGCAGUUACGGAGACUCAGUGAUGGAGGUAGACUACGGCGUGGGAGUUAUACUGGCUAAACUCAAAGAGCUGAACAUCGAACAGAACACUCUGGUAUUCUUCUCCAGUGAUAACGGUGCAGAGGGUAUAGCCGGCAAAGCUGGUGGUAGUAACGGUCCACUGCUAUGUGGCAAACAGACCACAUUUGAAGGAGGAAUGAGAGAGCCAGGGAUAGCCUGGUGGCCGGGAACCAUCAAACCCGGUGUAAUAUCCCCUCAACUUGGGACUACUAUGGAUAUUCUGGUGACUGCAGUGGGUGUGGCUGGGUUGCAGCUACCUUCUGAUAGGAUAUAUGAUGGUAUUGAUCUGUUCCCUGUGCUGUCUGGUAAAGUUGAGAGUAUUGAGCGACCAGUUUGGUAUUACAGAGGUAACGAGUUAUUUGCUGUAAGAGUGGGUCAGUACAAGGCUCACCUGUGGACCUGGUCACACGAACACUACAACUUCUGUCCGGGAGAGUAUGUUAAGGAUGUUACUACUCCUGAUCAAGUGAACAGAACAUCAAACCCCAUAGUAAUAAACCUUGAUAAUGAUCCUGGAGAGAAGUACACUAUAACUAGUGGAGCUAGAUUCAAGGAGGCGAUGGCUCUGAUCAACCCUUACUUACAGGAACACAGGGACACUAUGGUCAGAGGUGAGCCCUCCCUGAACUACUGUGACAAAAUGGUGAUGAACUGGGCACCACGAGGGUGUGAGGAGAUCAACUACUGUCUCCAGGGACCUACUACUUCCAGUAUCAAGCUCUGUGGUUGGGAUCACUGAGUGUUUUACAAGUUACAGAGCCGGAUUGUGCGGCUGUGGUGGUGGGGUUGUGACGUCAUGAUUUGUGGGACUGUGGGAAUAGCUGUGCAGACGAUUAUUGGACAAGCAUAUUCUUUGAUUUCUAGUUUUUAUGUUAUAUAUCAUAAAGUUUGUUUUAAAACAAUGAAUAUAGAAUGAAACAAAUCGUAUGAAAUAUUUGAAUCUUAUUCAAAUCAGAUUAAAAUUUUCUCGUUUAGUAAAAGUUCAAUAAUUUAACUUAGAUGGGAAAAAAUAAAUGAUGUGAAAUUUCAUUAAAAAUAAUAUAGGUCAAUAGGGAGUGCAAGAUAUUUGUAAUACCUGUAUUGACUUUUAAAG